AUUCAAUAUGAAUUUAACGUUGUCGAAACGACUCAAGAAAAAAUUGUCAGAGAGAAGCGUCGAAAUUCUAUCAAAAAUGGAUUUCUUCAUGCUUGGCGAGGUUACUCCAAUUAUGCAUGGGGAUAUGAUGAAUUAAAACCCGUCAGUAAUCAAGGAAUUAACAAGUUUAACGGGUGGGGUGCAACGAUUGUCGAUUCUUUGGACACUUUGUGGAUAAUGGGCUUAAUGGAGGAAUUUGAUAAAUCUAAAGAAUUCGUGAGCCAUCUAAAUUUCACCAAUAGCAAUAGUGAGACGAAUGUAUUCGAGACAAUAAUAAGAUAUUUAGGGGGACUUCUAAGUGCAUAUGAAUUGUCGAAGGCACCUAUCUUUCUGGAGAAAGCAAAAGAAUUAGGAGUGGCCCUACUGCCUGCUUUUGACAGUGCUACAGCAACAAAGGUGUUCUACGUCAUUGGGGAGGUGGUCUGCUAG